AGGAGAUGGGCUUGCGGCCUGGUGGGGGAACGGCAGCUGCUGGGAAUGGAGGGGAGGGAAGUUCCACUAGUGCUGGUACAAUGGAAUCUCAUUCUACGCAUCAAGGUGGUACAAUGGACGAUUCUCAUUCGACGGGAGAUCCUGGUACAAUGGGAAGUGCUGGUGUAGGACAUUCGACGGCUGGACUUGGUACAAUGGGUGGGAGCGGAGAGAGAGGUCAGACGAAACGGGCAGCGCGUCGGACAAGAGGAGUCCCCAAACGUGCUUAUACUUGGAAGGAUCCCAGUAAGAAGAACAAGGCUGGGUUGAAGGAUCGGAUGGGUGAGGGGAAGGGGAAGGGGAAGGUGGAUAAGGGAAAGGGAAGAGACGAGUGAGGUUGAGGCUGAUAUUGGCGUGCAGGGAGUGAGGUUGGAUGUGGGG